ACUUCGCCUGACGCUCAUUUACUCCAACCACCUCCAGCCUGCUGACAACACCGGAAACAAACCCAAAGAGCGCGUCCGCCUAAUCGGCUGAAGGCUCGGGGAAGAUCUGUCCGAUGAUUAGCCCUCUCCGACAGACGGGGAUUAAAGCUGCUGGCCUCUAAUUAUUAUAAAGCAUUCGUCAGCACAUUUCUCCACCCAUUUCAGGGGCCCGGCAGUAAAGCGGAGGCGGGGAGUGUGGAUGUCCUGUUAGGUGCCUGGAGCCGACCAACGUCGGGGGACGCAGGAACUGGGAAAUCCUCCCGAGGCAAGUCCCACGACGCAGACACGCCACGCUCCGCUCCGCUCCGCUCCAUCCCCCCUUCCCUCCCCACGCUGGCAUCCUGUGCUUUUCGGCUCAAGAUGGCGGUGCAGGCAGCAGAAAAGGACGGAAUAAACAUGGACGGGGAUCACACGCUGAACGACUCACUGGAGAACCCCGGUCUGAUCUCACCCGACAAGGAGGACUUAUCCCGUCUUUUGACGGUGCCUUUCAGCGGGCGCAUCCGCGGCGGAAUGCGACCGGGGAAGAAGAUCAUAGUGAUGGGCAUUGUCGAUCUGGAGCCACACAGCUUCGACGUCAGCCUGACCUGCGGACGGGAUUUGGAAAAGGAUGACCUGCCGUUCGACGUGGCCCUGAAACUCACCGCUAGCUUCGGCAACCGGCAGUUUCUGCGGCGCGCCCGCGUCUCAGGGAAAUGGACGGAUGAGGAAGCUUCCACCGCCUACUUCCCUUUCAUCCCUGACCAGCCUUUUAGGAUUGAGAUCCACUGCGAGCACCAGCGCUUCCGGAUAUUCGUGGACGGACACCAGCUCUUUGACUUUUAUCACAAAGUAAAAUCCUUGCCCUCAAUCGACACAGUACGGAUACAAGGAGACCUACAGAUCACCAAGCUCGGUUAACGCUCCCUGCUCUUCCCACUCGCAGGAGAUCUGUUUUUGCGUGUGUGUCUGUGAAGCAAAGAGUUGAUCACAAAUGACCACGCGCACACACACUAGCGCUUUACAUCGUCCCCGGUAAGCCGUCAUGCAGCGCUGCAGCAUUCCAUGUUGGGGGUGAAAUAGCUCUCUGUUUAGGAUCUCUCAACUGUUUUUCUUCGGUUGUGAGGAUAUAACGUGUUUCUGCAAGGUUUUUUUCUGUUUUUGUUUUGAACUUUAUAUCCAGUCACUAAUUUAAGCACUAAAACCCUCGUAAGUAAAAGCAAACCUCUAAAAUUAGAAGAUUGUUUGCGAGGAAAAUUUGAGUUCAAGAUUGGAAAAUGUACUGUUUGUUUGGAUUAUGACCUCUGCUUUCAAGGAUUCUUUAAUAGAAAUUAUACUUCAGAUGAAAACAAAUAAAUCUGCUCAUACUGUUCAACAGUCAAAGCAAAUUUACCAGUAACUGCUGCACAAUGGGUUUUUACUCCAGAUAAAACUGAUGUCAGGAAUAUCACAAUUUUUUUUUUUUUUUUCCCCUGUAUGUUUGGUUUCCAUUUGUUUCAAAGCUCAGAGAUGUCAAUUCAGUUCAAAUUUAAAGUCUUAUUACUGCAGAACUAAAACUUUCCGGCCUAUUUGUUACUUUCCGCCGUUGCACUUUCAACUCUUGUGCUCUCCGUGAGGUUUAUCCUAGUUUACGUGAUGAUGUGCUGCAGCCUCCCCGACCUGAAUACCUAAAAACCAGGAUUAUAUCGAGACGGCCCAUAUUGCUGUGUGCUGCGUUGGCAGGCGGAUUUCUAGCGACUCCUGCAGAUGGAAAGCAGAAAAUCAUGUUGAAAUGACUUAUUUUGUGUAAUUGGCUUAACUUCAAGAAAAUCCUUCAAACCUGAAAGCAGGGCCACGUCAUUGGCUCUACUUUGAAUGUACGGUGUGCAUGUUUCCAUGGUCGUGCAGACGACACAGCGAUGUACAUAAUUCAUUUGAAACGUUUAAUAGUUCGGUUGUUUUUGCAGUGUGGCUGUCGAUGUCACAGUUCAGGAACGUGUGUGUGUGCUUUUUAUUUGUGUUUUCUGAAUCGUUCCACAGCAGCUCAUAGCGAGGCAGAGCUUUGUUGUCACCAGCAGCUCCUUCUAAAGUCUUACUAGUAACAAUGCAACGCACCAGUCUGUCACUAUGACUGUUCCGCUACGUGCAGAAGAACCCUUUUUUUUCCUUCGGUUAUGACAAUUCUGCACUAAUUGUCGUAGUAAAACUGCUAAACGUCGUACUUCCCGUUGGUGCUGCGAUUGCUCCUCGUCCAGUGUUAACAUUUUUACAGGGUUGCAAGUUCCUGCUGAAGCUCCAUAAGAUGAAAUGUACUAAAAUUUCACAGAGAAAGCAAAGGCUGUGGGUUGCCAAGUUGGGGUAUGCUGAUUAAAAUAUAGCAUAUUUUAUCAACCGCCAUGUUACAGAGUGGUCGAUUAAGUUUGCCGAGUAUUACUUUAAAAAAAAAUAUUCGGCAUUGAUGUUGCAUCCAGUUUCUCUGAAUUCAGAACAUGUAUCUGGAAAUUACAUCAAAAUUUGUUGAAUUGUUAACUGUUAUUAGCAAAUAAUGCAAUUAUCUCACAUCAGUGUGCUUUAAAACUAAAGAGACGUGUUCACAAGCCGAUAUCGCAGACUGCUGGGUUUGUGGUUGGGUUUAAUGUAAUGCAAAAACAGUUUCUUGCUGAAAUGUUUACUAUAUUUAUUUGGUGGAUACCUCCAGCUUUGUAAAGACAUCAAGGGGCGUUCUUGUUAUAAUGAACCAGCUGAAAUGUUUUUUGUUUUUUUUCAUAAUCUUGCUCUAAUGUCAUGAAAUAGAUAAUGGUAACUUUAGAUAACCAGUCACAAAGCCCAAUUUGUGCUGUGGAUAGACUAAAACUGAUCGUCUAGAAGAAAAAUUGCCACCGAUUGGUGACAUUGAUCUAGACUGAACCUGUCUCAGGCCUUGUACACACGUAGCCAGGUCUUUAUAAAAACAAACGUCUCCGUCAUAUUGUUUAAAAAAAAAAAAAUUGUACACAUGAAAUCUGUUUCUGAAAAGUUUUUAUCCACAUUAACUUGCAUAAAUACGCCUCUGAGUGUUGUUUUAAACAUGCCAGACCCACAGAGGGCGGUGUAGUGCUAAGCUAAAACCAAUGUCAGCCAAUCACUUUUGAUUGAUUGGCUGAUUGCUCGAGAACAACCACAACUUCCUGUUAGGGAUUAAACAUGGCACCAGGAGGUAUAUUUUUGUGGAGAGGUUGAACUGCUUUUAAAUCGUAUUAGAAAGUGACGUUAAAAAACACAAAACGAUGUUGAUUAGGAAUCAUUUCAAAGUGAGCAUGUGGCUAUGUUGGCUCAUGAAUACGCAGGACUCCAAGUCUCAUGUACACACGGAAAGACAAAUAUGGAGGUUUUUUUAAACAGAGACUUUGGUCUGAUUUUAUAUAAAUGCGUGACUUUAGUGAUAUUAAACAGUUUUUGUGAGGGAGAAAGGCCAAAAUGAAUAAAAAAUGUUGUUUUCCUUGAUAUCCGGCUACAUGUGGACUAGGCCUAAAAUUCAAACAAAACUAGAGAACAAUGGUUUGUUUGUUUGUUUUUUUUCUUGUGAAGGAUAUUUUCAGGAAAAUUUUGUAGAAAGAAAUUUGACCUCGGACACCGUCUGGUGUACUCCACGUUGAUCACAAAGAGUUCAAAGGUUUUUCUGUCGUUGCUGCUGUGAACCUGGAGUAAGCCAUGACAUCUGUGCCCUCGGCGGCGCGCUGACUUCACCGCCUAGAACUUCAUCCGCCAUAUCGCUUUUUACACGUUUUCUUUUUCUCCUCAUGCCGCAUCCAUCAAAAUCUCUCUGUCUGCACCAACUGUUCGUUCCCUCUCUACUGUAGCAAUAAAUAACGUUGCUGCUGUGUGAGCGAAGGCUGGUCUGAGGCAGAGCGCCGCUUUGAACCGGGUCUUCCUGAGUUCAGUCCUCGUUCUUCGCUGGCAGGCGUUUCGUUUAUUUCGGACACAAACGGAAGACGCGCGCGGUGUGGUAUGCGAGUGUGCCGAGAGGUCAGAUCAGAUCUGUACAAGAUGUGUAAAUGUGCAUUGAUGGUGUUUGGUAUACUUCCUUGUGUUUUUUUUUGUGUUUUUUUUUAAGUUUCCGAACAGUGACUAUUGCUACUGCUGCAACAUGUUGAUAUGGUCUUACGUGACGAGUGAGAGUGACUUGGUGCUACGGUGCUGGUGGUAGAUGUGUGUUCAGUUCAGUGUCAUGUUUUUGGUCCUCGGCUGUUUGCAGAGUUGACUGCUGCAGGAAUUAUGGGGGAGGGAGAUAAACAAUUGUGAAAUUAUAGCUCUGUGUUUAUGUCACGCUUUCUCAGCUGGGACUCUCUGCGCCUGUCAUAAUUGGUCAUUUGCAAGUUCGUUUUUUUUUUUUUUAGUGGGUUUGUACUAGGCACGGGUCUAAAUCAGAUCCUCUCGGUAUGACGUUGCCAGAAGCAAAGCCUUUUAAGAUAAAAACAAAUACAUAACAUUCUAUGGUUGCUUUUAUUUAACACCAUAAAAGUUCCUACUGCUGCUAAAAUAGUGGAGCAUAUUACAAGUUUAAUAACAUCUAUGAUAAUUUUUCGUUACACUGAUUUCAAAACAAAGACCUGAAAUCAAUGCUGAUCUUGGUUGGAUGGCUCUUUUUGGGUAGGAUUGUCAGUCUUAAAGGAGGCUUAUUGUGCAAAAUUUGUAUUCUGCACUUUUUUGUACUUCCGUUCCGAGUUUCUACUGCUUCUAAAAACAGCACAAGUUCUUGGUGGGGGAAAAAAAUCCACCCAGAUGUUUUUUGGUGUCUGGAAAUAUAACCCGUUUCAAAGUCCUCCACAGAGUAACGAUGCAAAUCAGCAGGAACUGCGCCUCACCUAGUAACCCAAGCGGAACUCCAGCACGUUGGUCAGCUGGUUUUACCGCUGUGUGCACUGUACAAUGGCUGCUGGAGAGUUUUGUUGUUGACUCACCAUUCAGACACCAGUUACUGCAUUCUUGUUGGUUGCGCAGGAGGCUCUACUAAUGCUUUUCAAAGAUGUACGGUUGUAUAAUUACGCAUUUGUUUUAUUUUCACGCUGGAGGGCGUGGCCAGCAGCAGCUCAUUUUGGUUUAAAGUGACAAGAGGCCUUAAAACGUCUCAUUCUGAAAGGAAAAUGGGUCAAACUGACCAGACUGAAAAACGUAAGCAAAAAAUAUAAACAUGUUUUUUUGGGGGGGGUUUUCAAUAGACCUAUCCUAACCUGGUCACAUAAUAAGUCACCUUUAAGUGUUAAUCAACGCUUCUUUGUUUGCUACACCGUCACUGUAUAAAGGUAUUUCUACGCAGUAGAAACAAGAAAACAAAUGACUGUGUGCAACAACAGGUGUGAGAGGGGCAGCAGCUCCGUCACAGCCAAACCCAACUGUUGCACCGUCUCGACCAUCUCGUUGAAAAGAAAAACGUGAAACUGUUACAAAUGGUAUUCAGGAAACUUUAGAGGGUUUUUUUUGUAUUUGUUUCUUUUUAAAACUUUGACCCCGGUAUCCAUGCCAUGCCUAGGUUGUAACCAUGUCUGCAGUACAUGGUGCACAGCACAUAGCAACCUUGUAGGGGACUCGUAUGUUCCUUCUUUGUUCUGUUGCACUUUAACCCCACCUUUGAGAGUCCCGGUUCGGUCCGUGCGCUCAGAAAGCUUCUGUUCUGUACUUGUUGAUCUCCUUAUGAUCCCAUGAAUCCUCCACAAAGUCAUUUAAAGUAAACUCCAUUUCCCAGAUAACUCUGGGAAAUGUUUUUUUUUUUUUUUUUUUACUCCAGACUGUUCCAUUAUUUGCUCUACAAACCCAUUCAAAAUGGAAAAAUGUAACCGAAGAACUGAAUGUCUCUCUCUUUCUGAUUGUAACCGGUUUAAACACAACCCGGCUCCUACUGCCGCCAGAAUUUAUUCCCAGCUGUGUUCAAGUAAGAAAAUCCACAUCUUAGUUUGAAAGCUUCCAGUUGAUACGUGUGCUACCCUAUUUUUAUUUAUUUAUUUUUUAAGAUGUAGGUACUGGUGGGUGUGGCCUCAGGGGAUUCAUUUUGUACAUUUUAUGAAUGAGUUAUGAGGCAUAAAUAUGUGCGGGGAAGCUCGUAAACGUAACUGUUGCCCCUCCCAGCUCCCCAGUUUCUGGUUUGGUCUAGCAUGCUGUUCAUGUUCUCUUCAUCAUUCAGUGUUUGUUGAGGCUGUUUACAGAAAAGUAUGAAUAGAAAUGUUCUGUUCCAGUACACGCCUUGAUUGCAAGCUAAAGGAUUAGGAAGAAGAAAUGCCAACUAUUUCAAUAUCUAAUUGCUAAUAUUUAUUUAUUUUUUUCCCCUUCCAGUUGGAACAACUUCCUAAAAGUGCGAGAAACUAAAACGGCUGUUGUGUGAAAUACUCCCUCCCAUUUAUUUACAAAGUGUCCUAGUAGAAGUAGGCCGAUCUCUUUCUAAUGUGUUGUGUGGUUGUACAGGUCAUUUUCUAAUAAUUUAUUGUAACCUGCAGGAUCAGUGAGCCUGCUCUACGACGCUGUCUAAAUAAAGGCAUAUUGAGAAGUCACAGUU